CCUUCAAAAUAAUAGAAACACCAACAUACGUCAACAAAAAAAAAAAAAAACAGGACAAUCGGAGAAUCAUGAGAUUGUUUAUUUUACUUUCUUUCAAUGCUUUCAUAUUACUUGAAGCAUAUGGGUUUACUGAUGAAACUGAUAGGCAAGCACUGUUGGAGUUCAAGUCUCAAGUUUCUCAAGACAAAAGAGUUUUCUUGUCCUCAUGGAAUCAUUCAAACCCUCUCUGCAACUGGAACAAGGUUACAUGUGGCCACAAACACAAAAGAGUUACUCAGUUGGACCUUGGAGGAUUGCAACUAGGCGGAGUGAUAUCACCUUCUAUUGGUAAUCUUUCGUUUCUCAUAUCACUUGAUCUCUCUAGUAACUCUUUCGGUGGAACCAUCCCUCAAGAAGUGGGAAACUUGUUUAGACUUGAGUACUUGAAUAUGAGUUUUAAUAUUCUUAAAGGAGAUAUUCCAGUCAGUCUGUUCAAUUGCUCUAGAUUGUUCGACCUUGAGUUAGAUUCAAAUCAGCUUGGAGGAGGUGUUCCUUCAGAACUAGGGUCAUUAACAAACCUUCUUUAUUUAUAUCUUGGUCGAAACAACUUGAAGGGAAAGCUCCCUGCAUCUCUAGGAAACUUGACAUCGCUCAUGCAACUUAGCUUUACCGAUAACAAGAAACUAGAAGGGGAAAUUCCUAAUGAGCUAGCUAGACUGAAUCAAAUGGUUUUUCUUUCGUUAUCGAUGAACAACUUCUCAGGCAUGUUUCCUCCCUCCAUUUACAACUUGUCCUCACUUGAGAUGUUAAACAUCUUCAGUGCUGGUUUUUCGGGUAGACUAAAGCCUGAUCUCGGCACUCUGCUUCCAAAUCUUCAAGAGCUAUAUAUGGGAAAUAACCAUUUCACAGGAGUUAUUCCAGCAACACUUUCCAAUAUCUCUACUCUUGAAAUAUUGGCACUGGAGUAUAACAAUCUAACCGGAAGUAUUCCUUCGAGCUUUGGUAAAUUACAAAAUUUGGAAAUCUUAUUACUUCAUGGAAACUCUCUGGGAAAUCACUCCUUUGGAGAUCUUGACUUUAUUGAUGCCUUGUCCAAUUGCACCCAGUUACUCAUCUUUAGCGUGGGUUUCAAUAGGCUUGGGGGUGACUUGCCUACCUCCAUUGCAAAUUUGUCCACAAGCCUCAUUGAGUUGAAGCUCCAGAUGAAUGACAUUUCUGGUAGCAUUCCUCAUGACAUUGGGAAUCUCAUAAACCUAAGUAAACUUGAGUUUGAUGGUAAUAUGUUGAGGGGAACACUCCCAAACUCUCUUGGGAUGCUUUUGGAAUUGGGCUAUUUAAGUCUAGAUUCAAAUAGGCUGUCAGGAGUCAUACCAUCUUCUAUAGGAAACAUGACUCAGUUGGAAACACUUUAUCUGAACAACAACAGUUUCGAAGGACCAAUUCCUCCGAGUCUUGGAAACUGUAGGCGCCUACUAUAUUUGUAUAUUGGAUGUAAUAGGUUGAAUGGAACUAUACCACGGGAAAUUAUGCAAAUCUCAUCCCUUGUUCACAUAUUCAUAGAAGAUACUCCUUUGACCGGUUCUUUACCAAACGAUGUUGGAAGACUACAAAGUCUUGUUGUGCUAUCACUUGCAAAUGCUAGCUUAUCAGGACAACUCCCACAAACCUUGGGAAAAUGCCUAUCGAUGGAAGAACUUUAUCUUCAAGAAAAUUCUUUUGUUGGAGCCAUUCCAGAUAUCAGAGGAUUAGUGGGUGUUAGAAGAGUUGAUUUGUCAAAAAAUAAUCUCAGUGGAAGUAUUCCUGAGUAUCUUGCAAAGUUCCCCAAGUUGGAGUAUCUCAAUCUAUCCGUUAACAACCUCCAAGGAAAGGUGCCAACAGAAGGAAACUUUCAAAACUCUACCAUAGUUUUGGUAUACGGAAACAAAAAUCUAUGUGGAGACAUCAAGGGACUGAAACUAGAUCCAUGCAUUGCGCAAGCAUCAUCAGUGAUGAAGAAGCAUUCCUCUCUUUCGAGAAAAGUUGUGAUCGGGGUUUGCCUAGGCAUAAGUUUAGUGCUCAUAUUUUUACUUUCAUUGUGUUGGUUCAUAAAAAGAAAGAAGAAGAAACAGCAGCAGACCAGUAACACAAAUUUUUCUACUUUGGAGGUAUUCCAUGAGAAGAUAAGUUAUGGAGAUCUUCGAAAUGCGACAAAUGGCUUCUCUUCGAGCAAUUGUAUUGGAUCAGGCAGUUUUGGUACUGUGUUUAAAGCACUUCUCCCAGCAGAGAAGGAUGUCGUUGCGGUGAAAGUUCUAAACCUGAAGCGACGUGGAGCAAUGAAGAGCUUUAUGGCAGAAUGUGAAUCUUUGAAGGACAUAAGACACCGUAAUCUUGUGAAACUGUUGACAGCUUGUUCGAGCAUUGAUUACCAAGGCAACGAGUUCAGAGCUCUCAUCUACGAAUUCAUGCCUAAUGGAAGCCUAGAGAUGUGGCUGCACCCGGAGGAAGUGGAAGAGAUUCACAGGCCCUCAAGAGCCUUGACGCUUCUUGAAAGGCUUGACAUUGCCAUAGAUGUGGCUUCUGUUCUAGAAUAUCUCCACGUUCAUUGUCCUGAACCAAUAGCUCAUUGCGAUCUCAAACCAAGCAACAUCCUUCUAGACAAUGAUUUAACCGCCCAUGUUAGCGACUUUGGUCUAGCUCGUAUCCUCCUCAAGUAUGACCAGGAGUCAUUUCUCAACUAUCUCAGCUCGGGUGGUGUGAGAGGAACCAUCGGCUAUUCCGCACCAGAAUAUGGAUUGGGCGGACAGCCAUCAGUGCAUGGUGAUGUGUAUAGUUUUGGAGUUCUCCUAUUAGAAACGUUCACUGGGAAAAGACCAACCAAUGAGUUGUUUGGAGGAAACUUUACCCUACGCAGUUACACCAAGUCUGCAUUGCCUGAGCGAGUACUGGACAUUGCAGACAAAUUGAUUCUUCACAGUGGUCUUAGAGUCGGUUUCCCCCAUGCUGAGUGCUUGGCAUUGGUUUUGGAGGUGGGACUUAGGUGCUGCGAAGAAUCUCCUACAAACCGGUUGGGAAUAAGUCAGGUUGUCAAAGAUUUAAUCUCGGUCAAGGAGAGGUUUUUCAGAGCCAGAAGUUGAAAGGCUUAAUCUGAGGUCUAUGUAAUAUCUUCUUUCCUAAUUUUUGGUUGUUUUACUCUAUUAAACAUACUUAUGCUUGCAGAAUAUAGUCUGUGAUUACUAUAGCUUUUGCAGACAAUAGAUCAACAUUUUGUUUGCA